ACCCCCCCGGGCCCUCCCCAGGCCAUCCUGCACCAGGAGGGGCACAUGGACGACACUCUGACCCUCACCCGCUCCCAGCACCAGGAGUCGCAGGUUCCUGGUCACGGGAACACCAGGCAAACAUCUGUAGUGGUGUUAAAUCUGCACUCAAAGAGGUUUUUUUCUCCCCUAGCGAUGGCUCAGGUUCAAGAUGGGGCUUGUCCUGGUCAGGAAUGUGCCUCUUCUAACUGGAAUGAUGAGAAUGCAGAGGAGUCCCUGAGUCUCCGGGAUGGAACAGAAAAAAGGAAUAUACACAAAAUGAUCCUCGGGAAAUGUCAGGCUCUAGGCAAUUGGUUCAGAUCCUGCCCAGUGCUGGCUGUGUUCCUGUGUGUGAUCCUGGUUUUAGUGGUGAUCGUGAUUGUGCUGGCAGUUGCACUUAAGUUUUCACAGUGUGCGGCUUGUCCUGACGACUGGGAGCAGCACAACAGCAUCUGCUACUACCUCUUGAGGGAUUUGAGGACCUGGGAGCAGGCUCAGAAUCGAUGCUCUGAGCUCGGGGCCUCCCUGGCCGUGUUCAGUGACGAGGAAAUGGACCACCUCCUCUCUGCCUCCCAGGACCACGUCUUCCGCCUCAGUGGCAACCUGGAUUACUGGCUCGGGCUGCGGAGAUGGGGCGAGAGGUUUCAGUGGGUGGACGGCAGCAGCUACAACUCCUCGCUGGAGGUCCUUGGCAAUUCAGAGUGUGUGUACCUGGCAGACAAUAAACUCAGGAGUGAGAACUGUUCAACAGAGCGGGCGUAUCUCUGCAGCAAACCCCAACCUCACCUGUAAUGGAAGUGAGGGAGAAAGGACCUUCUCCAUCCUGAAGACUCACAGCUUUCCUUCUUCCACUAGGCCAGGGAUGUCCUUCCACAGAUGAACAUUUACUUUGUGACACAUCUCAGCACUACCUCAGUAACCUCAGUGCCUUUUGUCAUUGUCACCUCAGUAGCUGGUCUCAAGGAGGUGAACCUGCAGGGACAUGAUGUGGAAGUGGAUGUGUGCCUUCGUGGACUAGGGGUUUCUUUCUCCAGAAGUCUUCCUCAUUCUCUAGUUAUAUUUACUUUAUAUUUAUACUCUAACAGUUUACACUACAUGCACUGUAUUCAAGCACUAGAGUGCCUGAAUGUGCUCGUGUGAAGUAUUUUUCCAUUGGUGAAUGCUACUUGAAUCAAUGCAUGUGAAUGUACAAUGUCCUGAUUGUGGCCUCAGCAGAGUUACUAUAUCAGUGCUGCUGCUGGGCUUCUCUCUUCUUCUCCUUUUUUUCCAUUUGCAUUAAAGUUUGUACGACCCCA